AUGCGUUUACAUUGUCUUGUUGCUGUGUUGGUUGUACUUGUUUUGAUUGAUGUUGGAGAGGGAUACUAUCGUAGAUACUAUCGAUAUCGAGGGGGUCGUAGAUACUAUCGAUAUCAAGAAGCCGAUACAGACAAUAUUCGAGAGAUAACUGUCAGUAAAUGUUUGAAAUGGCCCAUAGUGAAAUAUAUCGUUACACAAUUCACCUGCCCAAAACCUGAUCCCUGUGCCAUGAUAGACUGUAAUUGUAAUGGGAAAUGUGUUGAUGGAGAAUGUAAAUGUAAUACUGGGUUUCAUGGACAGUUCUGUUCAGAGACCAUUCCGGAUUGUCAAAAUGGUGCAAACUUAGAGGCAGAAGAUGGUAAAUUAAAAUGUAACUGUCCAUCAGGAACAUUCGGUGAAGGUUGCACUAAAGAUUGUGGACCUCCUCCACAAGGUAUUUCAUCACAGGGAGCUGUUAAUACCAGUAGCGCAUUUCCUAACACUGCCUUCUACACUUGUGAUGAGGGACAUGAACGUGUAAGUGGUAAAACUGAGAUCUCGUGUCUGGAAUCAGGACAGUGGGAAAGUGAUGUACUAAUCUGUAAACCAUCAGCUGAUCCUGAUAAUUUCUCCAAAAUGAAAAACGCAAUAGCAGAUUUCAUUUCAUCAAGUUUCGAAGUUAGUCCGACGGAAGUUAAUGUUGGCUUUGUAGCUUUUUCUUCAGAUCUAACGGAAACAAAAUUUCUUUCAAGUGACCCCAAUCAAUUGCUACCAGAUAUCCGUGAUCUAAUGCAAGAAGGCGGCUCUGGUAAUUUCGCAUUUGGUAUUUCUGAAGCUGUCGAUGAUUUUGGGGCACGGGGUCGACCUGGAGUCUCGAAUGUGUUGAUACUGCUAUCUGGUGGAAAAUCGACUGGCAGUCCUCAGGCUAUUGCGAAUAUUGCCAAAGCAGCAGGAAUUGAUAUCUUUACCAUAGGAAUUGGGCCUGGUGUCGAUAGGGUUGAGAUGAUAGAUAUUGCUUCCGAUCCUUCUAAAGCUAGAUUUGUUGACACGUUUGAUGAAAUACUGGAAGCACUUGCAAAUGUAGACGUAAUUAACAAUCUUUGUCAAUGA